AAUUAAUGAGAAUUUGCAUCAUCAUAUUCUGUACAUUGGUGUUUUUGAAUACAGCACAAUUUGUAGAGACAUUUAGAUAUUAAGAUGAAAGUAUUAAAGAUGUUAUAUAAAUAUUAGAGAAACUAAUAGUGAAUUUUGAAAAUAUCAAUCCAGGACAAUAUUAUAAGAAUGAAACAAGUCCGAUAUAUCCAAAUAUCAGAGUGGAAGUGAUUGAAGAUGGAGAGAAUGAACUGACUCUGCGUAUUUUGAAUCCCUUAGAUACUUUUGAAAUACCUCAUAAGUUCCCAUUCCCAUAUACAAAAUAUGAUAGUUAUUAUGGUGAAUAUGAUUAUUAGGUGAAUGAGAAUGGAAUCUUUUUUUCUGUUUCUAGAUAUGAUGGAGUAAGAUAUUUUCAUGAAUAUAUAAGUCACCUGUGUUUACUAUAACAAAUGCUACGGUGCUUUCUUUAUUGUAUUCUGAAUUACAUACAGAUUUAAUAUCAGAAGAUACAUUUGGAUUUGGUGAAAGACGUCUAAAUUCAUUUAGAAUACCAAAAGGAGAAUUUUCGAUUUGGAAUCAUGAUUUUUGGGAAUUUGAUACUUAAGUUGGGUUUUCAUUAUAUGGUGCUCAUCCAGUGAUUUUACAAAGAUAUAAUUAAUAAUAUCAUAUAGUGUUAUUAAGAUCAAGUAGACCAAUGACUUUGGAAAGAACAGAUGAUGAACUAAUAUAUAGAGUAACAGGAGGAUAAUUAGAAUUUAAGAUAUUCUUAGGAAAGUAGAAUGUAAAAGAAUUAAUUAAAAAAUAUCAUUAAUAUUUAAAUGGUUGGGAAUUACAUCCAUUUUGGUCAUCUGGAUGGCAUUAAAGUAGAUGGGGAUAUUAAAAUACAUCAGUUAUAAAAGAUGUUAUUAGAAAUUAUAAAGAAUCUAAUAUUCCAUUAGAAGUUAUAUGGACAGAUUUAGAUUAUAUGUAAGAUAGAAAAGAUUUUACAUUAAAUGAAGAAGACUAUCCAAGAGCCGAUCUAUAAUAAAUAACCAAUAGAACAUAAAAAGAUGGUGUUCAUUGGGUGCCAAUAGUCGAUCCUGGUAUUGCAGUAGAUAGUGAUUGUGGAAGAGAUUUAGUAUAAUCAGGUGCUUACAUUAAAAGUAAUAGAUAAUCUUAAACUCCUUAUCUUGGAUAUGUAUGGCCAGGAGAUGUUUAUUUUACUGAUUUUAAUCAUCCAAAGGCUUAUGAAUUAUGGCAUAAAUGUCACAAAGAUUGGUUUAUUAAAUAUCAAAUUGCUCCUAGUGGAAUUUGGAUUGAUAUGAAUGAAUUAGCUAAUUUUAGAGAUGGUGAAAAAUAAAAAGGACCAAAAUUAAAUGAUGAAAUAUUUGAAUUAAAAGAUUUACCUUGGGAUGCUAUGGGAACUAUGACUUUAGAAGGACAUACUAUUGCUAUUGAUGCUUUACAUGAAGGAAAUGGUGUCUAUUUUAAUACUUCAACUAAAUAUAUUUCAGAAUUAGAUUUUCAUAACUUUAAUGGUUUUCUUGAAUAAAUUGAAUAAAGAAAACUAUUAUAGGAUAUUCAAAAUAAAACUUUAAUAUUUUAAUUGAGUAGAUCAUCAACUUUUGGAAGUGGAAGAUUUUCAGCUAUUUGGUUUGGAGAUAAUGCAUCUACUUGGGCAUGGCUUCGUUCAUCAAUUUAUUAAAUGUUUAAUUUCAAUCUAUUUGGUAUCCCAUUUAAUGGAGAUGAUAUUUGUGGAUUCAAUUAAAAUACUACUCCAUAAUUAUGUGCUAGAUGGAUAUAAUUAGGAGCUUUCUAUCCAUUUGCUAGAGAUCAUAAUUCUUUAGGUUCUCUAGAUUAAGAACCUUAUCUUUAUGAAAUUACUAAAAUCUCUGCUUAAAAGAGUAUUUAACUUAGAUAUGAAUUUUUAAAAUAUUACUACUUUUUAUUUAUCUCUUAAAGAGAUUCUAAAAUUAAAGCAGGAUCAGGUACAAUAGUUGAUCCAUUGUGGUUUAAAUAUUAAAAUGAUCCUUAAACUUUUAACAUAGAAACUUAGUUUUAGAUCGGAAAUAUAAUCGUGAAUCCAGUUGUUGAUGAAUAAACUGAUUCAUCUCUUAAUUAUAGUGAAUUGUAAUUUUAUGUUCCUCUUGAAGCAAAUUGGGUAUCUUUAGAGAGUGGUAAGAGAAUACCAAAUGGAUGGAAUACAAUAAAUAGAACUUUUACUGAUAAUGCAUUUUUAGCCCUUGAAGCUGGAUCUAUUAUUUAACAUAGUAAUUCAACAGGAGUAAUGAGAUUAAGAGAAAUGUCUUCAGAUAUUGAUUUAAUUGUAGUAUUAAAUGAAGUAAAUUAAUAUAACAAGUAUUUAGUCUGGUUAAGCCACUGGAUCAUAUAUGUCGAUAAAAGAUUAUGAUGAUGAAUAAACAAUUUUGUAAAGAUGUUGGAAUGAUUAAUAUACUUGUAUCAGAGAGAUUUCUGUUAGAACUUUUAAAGAUACUUUGUUAUUUAUUAACAAUAAGGCAAGUAAUGACAGAAGCGAAGAGGUCAAUAUCAAAAAUAUCAUUAUUUAUAUGAAUCAAUAGAUAUUAAGAGUUGAAAUAAAUGUUUCGUCAUUCACUUAGAGUUGGUAAAUCAAUUUAUGA